UGCAUUGCGAAUGGCAGCUCUGCGUGAAGAAGAAUUUUCUAUGUGUGUUUUGUUCGGUGGCUGCAUGGAAAAUUAAGGUUUUCCCAUAUAUUUUGUACAACCAGCACACGGAAAAACUCAACCGCACGGAGGAGAACCAAAAUAAAUGAUGCUUUUCAUGCUGCUCUUCAGCCGGCAGGGCAAACUGCGGUUACAGAAAUGGUACAUGGCCUAUCCCGAUAAGGUGAAAAAGAAGAUCACCCGGGAACUGGUCACCACGAUACUGGCCCGGAAGCCCAAGAUGUGCUCGUUUCUGGAGUGGAAGGACUGCAAGAUUGUCUACAAAAGGUAUGCCAGCUUGUAUUUCUGUUGCGCCAUCGAGCAGAACGACAACGAGCUGCUGACACUGGAGAUCAUUCAUCGCUAUGUGGAGCUGUUGGAUAAGUACUUCGGCAGCGUCUGCGAGCUGGAUAUUAUCUUUAACUUUGAAAAAGCCUACUUUAUCCUGGACGAGCUGCUUAUUGGCGGUGAGAUCCAGGAAACGUCCAAAAAGAACGUACUUAAGGCGAUCGCCUCGCAGGAUCUGCUCCAAGAGCAAGAAGAGUUCUUUUACUCGCUGCAAUAGAUCCUAAGUCCAGUGUGCGUGUGUGCUUCCGCAGCAGCAUUGUCAUUAAGUUUAAGUUCCGAAUCUGAUGUAAACCACCUUAACUGACACACACGCACUCAAUCAAUUUGUUUAUUUGUCAUUGCAUGCCGUCUUGAGUUCCGAAACUUGCCUACUCGAAAGCGAAUUGUGAAUUGUGAGAACUUACCAGGAAUUAUUUGAUCGCCACAGUAUUGAACUUGCCAUAGAUGUUGCUGUGCAGUAAAACUAAAACUAAAACCUUGUUUGCCAUUUAUAGUACAAUUUUUGCUUGUGUUUAUUUUGUGACCGUAACUCUGUAAGUCUCCUAACCCAAAUUGUAGUAAGAUAUCGGUCUUAGUUGGCUUGAUUAUUUUGCAUGACCUUUGUAGUUGAAUUACUAACUAGAAACGAUGUUAAACUAUACAUAUUCUUGCCAUACCAUAAACCAUAUAUAAAUGUGUAACCCAUGUACCCUCUCUCUUGUUAUUAUUAACGCUUACCCUACCCGCCACUGCAUAAAUCGAUGUUAACACAACUACUACCACCACCAACAACCACCACAGGACUUCAAUGAGUAUCUCAACUAAUCAAUGAAAAGAAAAAAAAAUAUAAACCUAGAAGAAAACAAAAACCCAUCCCAAAGAACCAGUGUAAAGAACAUAAAGUUAUAUUCCCGAUCUGCGAAGAGUCUUAGUGGGAGAGUCGAUAGGUCAGAUCAGUCAAACCUUCGUCCAGCUGUAUAUAUAUGUGUAUAUUGCCCAGCUUCCAUUCCCCCGCCUUCCCCGCGCUGCGCUGUGAUGUUCACCCAUUAAAUAUGCGUUAAAUGUUUCCAAGUUGUGCCGUAAAUGAAAGAAAAGCAAAACAAGAUCGAAAUUGGUUUCUUUUUUGAACACAUUCUACUCACACUUACACCUACUACUCCUACUACCACUUCUACUACUUUCUUUCCUUCUACUCUUCUCGUUCUUAUUGUUCUUAUUCUCUGUACUCCAGGACGAAGCCGUUGAGGGCACUUUAAGAGACAUUGGACUCCUGUAAAGAACUAGAACACUCUAGAACUUAUGUAGUUGAUAUUACACGCACACCCAGACACAGCAAGCACACAAUAACACACACAAAUACACCCCCAGCGAUAAUGUGUGCUGCACUUGGCACUUUUGAACACUGCUCCAUCCACUUCUCAACACUAGUGUGUGAUUUGGCUGUUGUACAGCACUGAUGAGUUGAAUAAAAUUAAUAAAUGAUAAGCAAGAAGGCGCCAAGCAGCGUGAGGCUCCAAAAAGCAAUAAAUCCCACAAAGCUAAAUACUAGAUAGUAACAUCAGAGCAUCUGGCAUGCGGUUUUCCAUACACUUUCGUAUAUUUCACAAACACACACACAGAUAUUAUAGAUCCAGCAAAGUUCAUGCAAAACAAGCCAACCUCACGUAGUUCCAUCUGGGGUUCCCUCAACUGAAUUAAUAUUCUUCUUCCUAUCUACAUCGAAAGAUCAUUCCAAUCAAUCACCAAAUGGGCAAUAACUAAUUUAGUGGGGAAAUAUAUGCAAUACUAUUCUUACAAUAGAAACAAGUAAGCUUUAAUGUUGAAAAAAAUGAGAACGAUAUAUAAUUGAAAUUGUAAUAAUCAUCCCAUAGUGGUAACCGAAUAAAGUCUAGUUUAUGUAUAUCUACAAAUAUAUAUGUUUAUGUA